ACGGAGGAGGAAUAAGAGCGGCGGAAGCAAUCGGACUGUUUAUCCGGAAGCAGAAGGUCUUUCAGGAUGAUUGGAGGUGCCGGCUGUUUGUUGAGAAGAAUUGUCCACCGGUUCACGGUUGCCCACAGGGCCGUCCACAGCUGCAUCGAUCCCUCUGUGGGCCUCUCAGAUGAACAGAAGGAGUUUCAGAAAGUUGCCUUUGGAUUUGCUUCGAGUGAAAUGGCGCCACACAUGAUAGAAUGGGAUCAGAAGGAAAUCUUUCCUGUGGAGACGAUGAGAAAGGCUGCAGAACUUGGGUUUGGUGGGAUUUAUGUUCGCCCAGAUGUCGGGGGAUCAGGACUGUCACGAGUGGACACUUCCAUCAUAUUUGAAGCAUUGUCAACAGGCUGUGCAAGUACCACCGCUUACAUGAGUAUUCAUAACAUGUGUGCAUGGAUGAUUGACAAGUUUGGGAAUGAGGAGCAGCGUCACAAGCACUGUCCCCCAUUGUGCAGAAUGGAGAGCUUUGCUUCCUACUGUCUCACUGAGCCAGGAAGUGGCAGUGAUGCAGCUUCGCUUAUUACUACAGCAAGGAGAGAAGGGGAUUACUACGUUCUCAAUGGCUCAAAGGCUUUUAUCAGUGGUGGAGGGGAUGCGGAUCUGUACGUGUUGAUGUGCCGGACGGGAGACAGAGGUCCUAAGGGCAUUUCUUGUUUGCUAGUGGAGAAAGGUACACCUGGACUCAGCUUUGGCAAGAAAGAGAAAAAGGUCGGAUGGAACUCGCAGCCAACUCGAGCAGUGAUCUUUGACGAUUGUGCUGUACCUGUUACUAACUUGGUUGGACGUGAAGGUGAUGGGUUUUCCAUUGCAAUGAAUGGACUAAAUGGAGGAAGGAUUAAUAUUGCUUCAUGUUCAUUAGGUGCUGCGUAUGCUUCUAUUGUUCUAGCUCGAGAUCACCUCAAAGUCCGCAAGCAGUUUGGGGAGCCUCUUGCCAACAGUCAGUACCUGCAGUUUAAACUGGCUGAAAUGGCGACCGGACUAGUGGCAGCUCGUUUGAUGGUACGCAAUGCCGCUGCAGCACUCCAGGAGGGUCGCCAGGAUGCUGUGGCUCUUUGUGCAAUGGCCAAGCUCUUUGCAACUGAUGAAUGUUUCACAAUCUGUAAUCAGGCACUGCAGAUGCACGGUGGCUAUGGAUAUCUGAAGGACUACGCUGUUCAGCAGUUUGUCCGCGAUAUAAGGGUGCAUCAGAUCCUGGAGGGUACCAAUGAAGUGAUGCGGAUGCUUAUCUCUCGAAACCUGUUUCAUGACUAACUUUGUGGUGAAUGAGUACAGUUCUACAAAGUGGAAACAGUUCACUUUAUCAAAUAUUUAUCAUGUAAAGGAAGUACAAAUACCAGCUGCAGAUCUUCAAGCAAGGAUUCAACUUCAAACCUUAUCACUGAGCUAGUAUCUCAUCAUGAAAACUAUUCCCGCACUCCAGUGUAAGGUACCUAACCAGCAAAAUACAAGUCAAUUUUUUUCUUCCUGUUUAUUCCUUAUCGGUAUAACUAGAAUAGUUUUCAGAGCCUCAAAUCCCUAAGUAAGGAUAAAGGAAUACCUAGAUAGAUAAAAUAUACAGUAAAACAGCUCAGUUUGUUGGUGUAAGGCAGAUCACUGGUGAUCAACAUCAUCAGAAGUUUAAUUCCUUCAGCUAUUAAAAGCUUGGAGUGAAGUCUAAUAAAAACAAAUGAAAAUAG